AGGAAGGCUCCUCCUCCCUUUCCCUCCUCUCCUUGUGGCGUCUGCUGCCCAUAAGCCCUGAUAAGGUGUGUGCAUAAGAUGAAAGCUGAGAAGCUGGGUUUACCCUGAAACCUCCAGCAAAAGUCUGGGGUUUAUGACAGUCACCAAAGCAAAAAAAAAAAAGAAAGAAAAAGUCACCUCUGAGGUCUCAGGACAGGCAGGUUUCACAUGAGCUCUGGGGACCAGCCAGUUUAACGCAGUUACCAAGCCAAGUUCCACAGAGGAGCCGAAGAGGUUUUUUUAGCCAUGGAAACCUCAUGCAUGGAAGGGUUCGGGCAGUUCAUGCAGGUCACUCACCAGCCUUGUCUUCAGCCUGCGCUGGGUUCUUCUGGUUUCUCCGUCACUCACUGCGUUUCUCAAAGCUCCAUGCGAGGUUACUGCGCUGGGACGUUCCCAGGCCCUGCUGACCUACCAGCCUACCACCAGGACAAUUACCGCAAUGGAGUCACCAAUGGAGAUUGGUACGGCCAGACGCAGGACGGACCGUACCCACCAAUCUCUAGGUACAUGGGACCGUCUGGAUUUAACAUGCCCAGCACUGGUUGCCUGGGAUAUAUCGGGGAGGUGGCCAAAUCUACCCUCUUCCUCCAGAACACGUCCAGGCGGAAGAGGAGGGUACUGUUCUCUCAGGCUCAGGUCUACGAGCUGGAGAAGAGAUUUGAGCUCCAGAAAUAUCUGACUGCUCCUGAGCGGGAGCAUCUGGCCAAGGUCACCCACCUGACCCCCAACCAGGUGAAGAUCUGGUUCCAGAACCACCGCUACAAGAUGAAGCGGCAAGCCAAGCAGCGGGACCUGGAGCAGCCGCAGAGCCCAAUCUCAGCGCUCCACAAGACCUGCGCCAGCAGCCCCGUCACCUCCCACGCUGACUAUGGCUUUGCAGAUCCCGAGCUGGAGAAUAAAUCCACUCCAGAGGCCCACUACGACCUCCCCGGACUUGGGCAAGGUGGUCUCAGAGGCCAAGGCCUGGCCGUGAGCCCCAACACUACUGCACACUGUCAGCCCAAGGCCAACAACAGAAGCCUCAUGUUUAGCAAGUCGUGGUAGCUUCAUUUGGGGGGGGGGGGUUAUUUUCCCGAACUGAGAUCAUUCCACAAAUUCAACACGAGUUCACAGAAAAUUUUGCACAAUCCAAAUCUCCAUUUUUCCACCAAAAAAAGAAUGAGUCAAAACCAGCUUUUCCCAGUUCUAAGGCGGCCUGAUGUGCCCCAUUUCACAGCUAGGGAUCUGAGGGCAGAAAUACUUGUUCAAGGUCACACGCGGAGCAGGAGAGGCAGGAACUGAACCCAAGUCUCUAGCCUUCACCAUUAAUUCCCCAAACUUACCUGCCUGCAGGUGUGGGUGGAACUUUGGAGUGGGCUAGGCCAGAGCUACAUCCGCCUCUGAGGGAGCCUUCAGAACUGGCAUGGGAUACGUAGCUAAUGGUGCCUGAUUGCAAAGGUUGAGAAUAGAGACCCCAACGGAGCUGCUCACAACACACAUCCCAUUUACUCCACUCUGCUCUCUCCAGGGUACAAAGAACACAAACACGAGGCAUUUCUUUUUACCACAGACACUUUGGUUUGGUGACUGCGUGGCAGCAUUAGUGGGGGACAGAUGGGGCUAGUGACACCUUACCAUUUUUGUAAAAUCUUGGGUAUUGCGUUGGUCUUAAAAGUGCCAUUUCUUUUUCACUGUUCAUUUUGAAAAAAAUG